GAGGCAACAUUGUCUGGAAGCAUUCAGUGCUUGCAAGCAGUCCGUUCAGUCAUAUACAAAACGGGUUUUUUUCGGCACAAGGAGAGUGGGAGACAGAACACAACAACAGUAUACCAGUAUACCAAACUAACACCACACAUCCCCCACUCAACACACCACGUACAAAGUACAAGGAUUCCAGCAAAUUUGUUCAAGGAAAAGUGAUUUUACCAAACGUCAUCAUGCGUGCUGCCUUAGGAUUAAAACAUGUAACCAGAGCUUCCAGAAAUGUCAAACAUUACUCGUCCUUGGCUGAGCCCAAGGAGCCCAUACUGAAAACGUCUAGCAUUCCAGGACCCAAGUCAUUGGAGUUGAAAAAACAAUUGGCUGCUGUGCAGCACGCUGGCACAGUGCAACUAUUUGCCGAUUAUGAAAAAUCCACGGGCAACUAUCUGUGCGAUGUCGAUGGCAACAUGCUGUUGGAUGUAUACACACAAAUAUCAUCCGUUCCCCUGGGCUACAAUCAUCCAAAAUUGCUAAAUGUCUUCCAAAAUGAAACGAACCUUAAAGCUUUAAUCAAUCGUCCAGCAUUGGGCGUAUUUCCGGGCAAAGAAUGGCCACAAAAAUUGAACAAUGUGCUAAUGCAAGUGGCCCCCAAAGGCUUGAACAACCUGACAACAAUGAUGUGUGGCUCCUGCUCCAAUGAGAAUGCCUACAAGAAUAUUUUCAUGUGGUACAGACAAACACAACGUGGUGAGAAUGUAACAUUCAGCGAUGAGGAGAAGAGUUCCUGCAUGGUUAAUAUGACUCCGGGAGCACCUAAGUUGAGUCUGCUUUCGUUCAAGGGUGCCUUCCAUGGACGCACCAUGGGUGCCCUUUCCACCACACACUCCAAGUAUAUACACAAAAUCGAUGUGCCCUCUUUCGAUUGGCCUGUGGCCAGUUUCCCUGAAUACCGUUACCCUUUGGAGGAGAACCGCAUGUACAAUCAGGACCAGGAUAAGCGUUGCUUGGCUGAGGUGCAAGAUUUGAUAGAGCAAUACAGGAAAAAGGAUAUACCAGUGGCCGGUAUAGUGGUCGAGCCCAUACAAAGCGAAGGCGGCGACAAUGAAGCCUCUCCCGAAUUUUUCCAACAAUUGCAACGCAUCUGCAAGGCCAAUGGUAUGGCUUUGCUUAUCGAUGAGGUGCAGACAGGAGGUGGUGGUACCGGCAAAAUGUGGUGCCAUGAGCAUUUCAAUUUGCCAUCACCCCCUGAGGUGGUGACCUUCAGCAAGAAAAUGCAACUGGGAGGUUACUUCCACAGCAGCGAGUUUGGGCCCAAGGAGUCCUACCGCAUCUUCAACACCUGGAUGGGAGACCCAGGUAAAAUUCUCAUGCUCGAGGAAGUCCUUAAGGUAAUCAAGCAAGACAACCUGCUGGAUCAGGUCAAUCGAUCGGGCAAGGUCCUUAAGAACGGUUUGUUGGAUUUGGAAAAGGAAUUCUCCACCAUUAUAAAUUCGACCAGAGGACGUGGAACAUUCUUGGCCAUCAAUUGUAGAAAUACUAAAACCCGUGAUGACAUGAUCGCCAAAUUGAAAAUGGCUGGUCUGCAAACCGGAGGUUGUGGUGAUCUGGCAAUACGUUUCCGACCCGCCUUAAUAUUCACCGAGAGGCAUGCCAAUCUGGUAUUGGAUCGUUUCCGCCAAGUACUCAAAGAAAUGUAAAAAGGGCCACCAAAAUGGCUCUAUAUCCAAGCUCAAGAGCAUAACAUAACACGAUAGCACAACAACAGCAACGCUAUGCACAACGCAAGACGCAAGCAGCCUGUAUUCCAUAGUAACUUAAGUACACUGAAAAAAAAACACUAAAUGGGAAAUUUAUGUAAAUUGACAUCCAUCCUGACUAGAAGCACUCAAGGAUACACUCAAGCAAGCACCACCAAGAAUUGCUUUUUGCUUCUCCAAGUUGCCUGGUGGCCGCCGCUACUUCCUUUAAUUAUUUGAAAUUUUUCUAAAAUUUUCUUUUGAUGCUUCUGGCAAUUCAUAAAGAUGCUAGUUCUUUUUCGCAUACAACCGAGUUUUUAUCAAUUUAUGUAGCUUUAAUUUAGUGAGACAAUAAAUUAAUAAAAUAGUACCCUAUAUGAUGGUAAGUGUAUGGAGGAUGUCCCCAUAUAUGUAUAUGUAUAGCUAA